AUGUCCACCACACUCGCACAGCAGAUUCUGUCAUUGUCCCUGGAUGACAAUAAUGAGAAGCGCGGCGACACCGCACCCUUGCCAUCGGAUGUGAGCCCACCACCACCAGGUCACGCGCGUACCAUCUCGACCUCGUCUGUCACCUCGUUCCGCAACUCGGACGAGUCUGCGUCAACACCCAAUCGCCCACCUCGCUCACCCUUGCGCUCACCGCGCAGGCGCACCGGCGAUUCUACAGCUGCAAUGCUCGAGAUUGAUAAUCUCCAGGUUGAAGUCGCCUCCUUGCUGGACAAGAUCUACGAGAUUGAAGAACUUCGUCACUCGCCGUCCCUCCGCGCGGCACACGCGUCGCGACUAGAUUCUCUGCUCUCCGAAGUGCACGAGACAAUCAUCAACCUCUCCCCCCGCGUUGCGGCAUUUGAGACCAACGCCUCAGAUGCGCCCGACAUCACCACGCCUCUCCACAAGGACUGGGCCAAGGUAACCGCGCAGCACGCACAGCUCGAACAGGAGAUGCAAGAGGACCCAUGGCUUGUCAGGUUCCGCACCACAGCGGAUCAGACCGAGGGCAUGAUGGACCCCCUGCAGUCCAGCUUGGUGGACUUGACGAACUACGCCGGACGCGUGCUCAUGUCGUUCGACACGGUCCCCCUGUACUCAUCGGACGGGCUCAGCAUCGAGCGCCUACGAACCAUGGCUGCGUCGCACGGUCGCAUUAAAUCGACAUACGUGCCCAGCGUGAACCGUAUGCUGCUGAUGAUGGACAAGAGUGUGUCGUGCCGCACAGUGAAGAAUGGCGAGGCACUGCGACGUUUGAACGACAUGUCAACACGCUGGUCUCAGCUGCAGGACGGCCUGGCCAAGCUCGACGGCAAGGUCGCACUGGCACUGUCCCAGAAUGACCCCGACGCCAACUACUUCAACAGCAGUCACCACCACCUCCAGGAGGUGUUGGGGGAUGACUUUGUGUCGUCACCCAAGAUCCCAAUGGUCCCCACAUUAGACUUCGGUCAUGAGGGACCCGACCUUGCGCGUGUUCUCAGUGCUGGCGCACAACCUAUCACUGCCACCAUCGCAUCGUCUCUCGCACCACCGCCUGUGCCGCGUACAGGAUCUGUCACGCCCAAUGCCCAGCGGACACUGCGCCGCGCCAUCUCCCGACCUUCCCUGUCGUCAUCCCAGUCACAUGGGGCAGGCACUCCGCUUGAGAAGCCACGAUGGAUGUACUCUACCAAGGCUGGACUCGACAACAACUCGCCCCCGCCUCAUGUGCCGACCACGACAAAGUCGCAACGCAGGACGAGCUACGGUGGGGCAUCGAGUCAUGGUGGUUCAACACAUGGCGGCUCCAGCUACGCACCGUCCAACUACGGCACGGUACCAAGACGUACAAGCAGCCCGACGCUAUCCAGCCCCUCGGGAUCUGUCAUCAGCUCAACUCGGGCCCCGCUCAACAACGUGAAUGCUACCCCUCGCGCUGUCCGCAGGCGUGAAGAUGAGCACCACGAUCGACUUGCAACUGCCGUCACCCCGCUGCGUAGAGUACCGGUCCUCCAGCGAACUCCCGCACCUACGACACCAGGAAUGCGUCCUCGACCUUCCGGAGUCAACACUCCUGGCGGUAUCCGCCCGCGCCCGUCUUUUGGUAGCGUCGGCCGUGUCCCACCACCCUCGGCGUUCCGCGUGACCUCACCAAUGGGGACACCAUCGCGGCCUGGUUCGCGUGCCGUGUCGGUCAACUCUGUCUCGUCGACUAUCGCCUCGGUCGGACUCCGGCCAUUCGUGCCGAGCAAAUACGACAACUUGGACUUGGAGGUGCAGCGCGUGAUUGACGCAGUGAACCCGGGAAUCUUUAUCGCGCGAAUCGACCAGCCGGUCCGUCGCGGGCAGCGCAAGAGGGAAGGCGAGUUGUGGAGCGGCGAGUUCCUCUUUGGCGCCAGUGGAAGGAAGACGGUCGUCAAGCUGGUCGAGUUGGCAGCAAGGGGCACAAAGCGCAUCAAGUGUAUGAUCAAGGUCGGAGGUGCGUUCGAGGAACUCGGUGCCUACUUGACAAAGUUGAAGAUCGAGAAGGAGAAUGAGCAGGAAGAGUUGGACGACGACAUAUUCUGA